GAUAUCUACGCAGAACAGCUUUCCCAUCUGGAAUACGGCCAUCCCCUAUGGGUCCCAGACCCGCCCCCUGGAUCAGCCUCAGUCGAGAUUGGGGACGUCGGAUGGAUUCAUGAGGGGGAGUUCCACCCUCUGUUCAACGCCUUUAGGGGUGAGGACGCGUCGCAACCUCGAGGAGGGGUCCCUAUCGACCACGUGCCAUUGGAUAUCCACGCUUGCACUAUCGCAGGUCCGCGCGACAAAAUCACUCAACCCGUGUUGUGCAGUAGGAGUAUCCGUAGGGCGGACAUAUCCGGGGAUUUUCCCAGGACUGUGCCGAAUAUCUCUUGCGGGGUCAACUUCACGUUCACCUGCACGGACGACGCUGGGGCGCUCCUAUUCCUUGGUCCUUCUGGACAAUCUACAGAAAUUCUCUCGAGGCAGCUCAUCGUCGACCAUAUCGAAACACAUUUCGAUCGCUGGCUGGAAUUCGCGAACCACAGGCUGCGACUUGGGCUUAGCGAAAACCAGAUCAUAUUUGUGUCUGGCACAACGAAGACAAGCAGGUGGGGUGUCGCUGCCUUCAGGGGUGCAACUCGCGAAAAAACAGGCAAGGUCGUUGGGAAUCUUGCUUCAGUGGCCGCACUCGAUUUCUCCAUGUCUAUCUUGGACGCUCAGCUGUCGACUAUUCACUACAGAGCAGGGCCUCCGGCGAAGCCGGCAAGUGCCUGUCCAGACGCUUCGCCUCAAGAUCAGUACGACCAAUGCAUUUUCAUUCACUACUACAAGCGGAAACGCAGAAAAUGGCCUAUCUCUCCUUCCAUCAUUAGAGCUGCUGCAGGACCCCACGAGCUUCCGCGGAAUCCAGAUGAC